AUGAAACAUCCAGUGGAUGCAGAAAAUGAGGACAACAACACGAUGUUCGUAGUCCCAUACACGACGUAUCCGAAAAAUGUCUGCCCAACUACGUGCGCUGUAUGUGGCGAUUCUGCUUCUGGAUAUCAUUACGAGGUUCCCUCUUGCAACGGUUGUAAAACUUUCUUCCGACGUACCGUACUUUCACAGCGUAAGUACGACUGCAAAAAAGGAGGGCGAUGCUUUGCUUUUCUACCAAAGGGUUAG